AUGGAUGUCAACAUCAUUAAGCUGUUAAGCGUAAGCUUCGUGUUGAGAAAUAACGAAAUUAUUAUCGAUAGUUGUAGCGAUAGUAGCGAAAAUGAAGACAGUGAAAAUGAAAAUGGUCUCAAUGAAGAAGAAUUAUUGUAUGCUGUAUUAAUGAUUGACACUACGCAUGGGGAAAUGGUGAUUUCCGAAAAAUUGAGUGACUAUGGAAUGUUUCCCGAAACAUUUCAAAUUGUAUUGGCAUCGAUUGGACCAGGAUUACGUGCUAUUAAUAUUGCUUCUGGUGGCAGAAACUCGAUAUCGCAAGAGAAGCAAUUACUUAUUGCUAUUUGGUUCAUGGCUACACCUGAUUCUUACAGAUCUAUUGCUACGAAAUUUGGCGUAGGAAGAGCAACAGCUUUUCGAGCAUUACGACGAGUGACAUACGCUCUUCAUUGUGUCGCACCUCGUUUUGUGAAAUGGCCGAGAGAUCAGAUUGCUCUAAAUGUGAUGGAGCGAUUUCAAAAAUCAUGUGGCUUUCCCAAUGUUAUUGGCGCUAUUGACGGCACUCAUAUAAAAAUCCGAGGUCCUACUGAAGAUUCAAACUCUUACGUCAAUAGAAAAGGUUUUCAUUCUAUGAACCUUCAAGUUAUUUGUGAUUCUCGGGGUUUAUUUACACAUUGCUAUGCCGGGCAGGCAGGCUCUGUCCAUGAUGCCAGAGUUUUUCGGAACUCAUCUGUAGCUGAAUUUCUCGAAUCAACCGAGCAAUAUUUUCCAAAUGAUUCUUAUCUAAUUGGAGAUGCUGCCUAUCCUAUUCAUCCGCAUUUAAUGGUACCGUUUCGGAAUAACGGACAUCUAACACAUCGGCAAACAAAUUAUAAUUAUUGUUUGUCAUCAACAAGGAUGGCCGUCGAGAAGGGAAUAGGGCAAUUGAAAAUUCGUUUCAGAAUAUUAUUAGAUUGCUUGCCGUUAAUAGAUAUUAAAAAAAUCCCAGAAUUUUUAAUUGCAUGUUGUGUAUUACACAACAUUUGCUUACUUCAAAAUGACGAAUUGCUUAUGGGCUUAUAUGAAUGUAACGAUAUGAUCAAUUUACAUGAUGAAAUAUAUCCUGUUGUGCGAGAAAAUGCAGUAAAUUUAGGGAAUGAAAAAAGAAAUAGAAUAAUGAAUGUUUUGCCAAUGAGAGUUUAA